CAGGGGCUGAUGGUGCAGAGAUGUUUCUGUAGAUGUUGGACCACCCCACCUCAUUGUUAAACCUGCUGCACCCAAAUGGAGGAAACAAUGGCAGAAGGAGGACUCACGUGUACAUCUGACGAUCAGACCAAAGUGCCCCUGUGCGUGGUCUGCGGUGACCGGGCCAACGGCAUGCACUACCGGGCCCUGACCUGCGAGGGCUGCAAGACGUUCUUCCGGCGCAACGCCCGCAAGAUGGCCGACCUCAGGUGCGAGAUGGGCUCCAACGGCAAGUGCGUGAUGGACCUGUACAUGCGGCGGCACUGCGGCGGCUGCCGCAUGAAGAAAUGCCUGGAGGUCGGCAUGCAGGUUGACAGAUUAUGGGACAAAGACAGGAUCAAGACCAGGAAGCCCAUCAUCAAGAAAGUCAAACCCAUCACGCAGAGUCCGAGCAAAGAGGAGCCCCAAGGGAGCAUGGAUCCUCUGGCGUGCGUAGCGAGCAUCAGUGACUCGACGUCAUCCAGCCUGGAUCCGCAAAGCUCGAUGUCGGACGCGUCAUCGUCUCUGGACCAGGAGAUCGUGGAUCAACACUUGGAACUGGCGGCGAAGAUCAAGGCCAUGUACAAACAAGCUGAGGAGUACGUCAAGGCACAGAAGGAGCGUGUUCCAGAGGAGGUCCAACAAAAAGUCUCUGAGUCUUUGAGAAAAGCAACUUCUAGCAUGCAGAAGCCCAAGGAUGAGGAGCCUAAGCGGGACAGCGCCAGUGAAGCUGCAUCGAAAACUGCAAGUAGUCCAGCAAAGAGGACGUUUGGCGGAGACGCCACGGACAAAGCCGUCAGGGAUCUGGAUGAGGACACCCUAAAACCUCACAAGCAACAGAGUGUACUCCCCAAUUCUGAGUUUCCACCGCUUAGCUCUCUCGAUCCCGAUCAAGCUCAAACCGCGUCGAGUGGAAACUCGCCUCAUCGUAGGUUCGUAGAGAGUCCUGAUUGCCCCUGGAGUGCCGAUCAGCUUGCCCUGAUGGAUCUUGGAAGUGAUGCAGUUGGACAGGAGAGGCAGACACCGUGUAAUCAGGAUCCGUCCUCGACUCGUUGCCUUUCCUGGGUUUGCCAGUCGUCUGUAUCCCACAGCCCAUCGAAGACCAGUCUUAGACUGCCCUCAACGGUCAAUCAGGACAUUGAGGGCGCCGCAGAGGACGGAGCCGUCCAUGCGACGUUGAUCAGAUCCAGCUCGGAUCUUGGAUGUUCCACCCUCGCUGGUCCCCAAGCAGACCCAUGUGAGGGCCUGAAACCUUACCCACCGCCUUCACCCCUGCAGAGGACUCGACAGGUAGCUCUUGACAUGCCCGACACUCUCGACGCCCGUCCUGAUCUCUGGAGUCUUCCCCAAGACCCAAACGAAGGCCUACCAGUUACAGCUGACGACCGGGGAUUAAGGACAGGAAGAAGCGCAGAACAUGAGAGUUCUAAACUUCUGAUGGAUGAUGGAAGUAGUGCAGAAGAUUCAAGUGCAGAGGCGCAUGAAAACGGUGGUGAGGAGCCAGAGUUUGACGACAUGGUUUUCAAGCACGUCAUGGAACUUAUGGUGAUGGUGCUGAAGAACAUGACCACCUUCGCCAAAUGCCUGCCGGGAUUUCGGUCGCUGACGUGGGAAGACCAAGCGGCUGUGGUAAAAGGCGCUUACCUGGAGUAUCUUGUGCUGACUUCGGCAGCCCUGUACAACCCCGAGACCAAGUCCUUCACCAGCGUGCUCAUUCCGGGCCAGGCCUACACCAAGGACGUGGGCAUCAUGGGCGGACUAAGCAAGAUGGCCGACUGCAUCACUGUCUUCGCCGAGAAAAUGAUCAAGCUGGAACUCCAGGAGGAGGAGAUGGCGUUAAUCUUUGCCAUCUGCAUCAUGACCCCUGAUCGACCUGAUGUGAAAGAAGUAGAGACCGUUGCCACCCAGCAGCAGUUGUUAGUGGAGGCGUUGCAGACUUGCAUGAGAAUAAAUCACCCAGGGCAGCACCUGUUUCCCAAGUCAUUAAUGCUGCUCACUGAUGUGCGCGACGUCACAGAGAAGUACAUGGAUGAUAUAAUGAACCUGAAGCUGCAAGGAAACAGCAUGCUGCCCCUGCUUAGUGAGAUGUUCAACUUUUAAGUAAAAGUUAAGUCGGUCUCGGCCAAGUUUGGCUCCUUUGGCCAGUAUUUACUCGUACCUUCAGUUUCCUUUCUCUUCAUGAGACUGAGAAUGACCGGUCAUAUCAUAAUGAGGAAUAAUCUCCACCUUUGACUUUUCAAGAUGCAUACAUCAUGUUAAAGUUCAAAUCGUUGGCUUUCCAAUGAUACCAAAUUUGUUUCUGCAGCUCAAUUUAUUCGAAAGAUAUGUUGCAGGAAUUUCAACAGUGUCCCGCCUAACUUCGCUGACCUCAUUUCGAGAGAAACGGCUUCGAAAAAACAAAAUUGCAUUGCGCCACCAACGGCAGUGAAAAACAUUCUGCAGUUUGUACACUUUUGGGGUAUUUUUGUCCUAA